AUGCAGCUUUGGCACACUCUUCUCCAGCUCGGUCUGCUGGCUUCGACUGCAGUUCCGACCGGCGCGGCUUCUACCUGGGGAUUUACUGAUGCCACCGUGUCAGUUCACACCAAGGGCGCUGGGGUUGGUUCGGGGUCAAAGGAAGAGAUUCCCGACAACAAGGCCAUCACCAAGCCGAUCUCGCUCGGCGGUGCCGACACCCUCAAAGUCACCCUGACCACCCAGGAAGGUCGAUCCGCCAAACGCGCCCAUCAAGUGUUCCUCCUUCUGCAGGACCCGGAAACCGGCCUCGACAUUUCGUAUCCGUUCAAUGUGAAGGAGAAUGGAAAAUCGAGACUUGAGCUGGCCCAGAAAGACCUUCCCGUCCAAUUCCUUUCCGUUUCCGAGCCCAUCGACGCACGAUUCCUUGUAGGCUCAUUUGGCAGCUCUGAGGCAUACAAUGGAGCUGCAUUCCCUCUGUUGGUCACCCACGACCCCGACGUGCCCGUCCCUACGGUCGAAACCUCGAGAUACGGCAAGCUUCCCGAAAUCCAUCACAUCUUCAACAGCGACCCUCAAAGUCCGCCCGUUGUGAUUACACUUGCCUUCGUCGGCACCGUGAUUGGUGCUUUCCCUGUUCUGGCAGUUCUGUGGCUUUUCCUCGGCGCCAAUAUUAGCCAUCUCCCUACCGCUCUCAAAUCGGCCCCUCUCCCUCACGCUGUGUUCCUUGGAUCGCUUGUCUCGCUCGAGGGCAUCUUCUUCCUGUACUAUACUUCCUGGAACCUCUUCCAGAUUCUCCCCGCCGUCGCCGCGGUUGGCACGGUCGCAUUCAUCAGUGGAAGCCGCGCAUUGGGCGAGGUCCAGGGCCGACGCCUUGCAGGUCUUCGGUAA